AUGUCUGCUCAGAGCGAACACCAAACGAUUCCCCUUUCGGUGCUUCUGCGCCGUGAAUUGGUAAACGAGAAAAGCGAGAAGCCGGAGGUUGCGGUCGUGCACGGGGAAGCUAGCGAGUGUAAGAAAGGAGAAGAUUUCACGAUGCUAAAAACGGAAUGCCAAAGGGUGGUGGGAGAUGGAGUGUCUACCUAUUCCGUUUUUGCGCUAUUUGAUGGACACAACGGAUCUGCUGCCGCUAUUUAUGCCAAGGAGAAUCUUUUAAACAAUGUUUUAAGUGCAAUUCCUGCCGAUCUUAACAGAGAUGAGUGGAUAUCAGCUUUGCCUAGGGCUUUGGUCGCAGGCUUUGUAAAAACUGACAAAGAUUUUCAACAGAAAGCACAAUCAUCAGGAACAACUGUAACCUUUGUGAUUAUAGAAGGAUGUUUUAUAACAGUUGCAUCAGUAGGUGAUUCCCGUUGCAUACUUGAAACUUUUGAAGGUGGAGUUUAUUACUUGUCAGCAGAUCAUAGACUCGAAAGCAAUGAAGAGGAGAGGGUCCGAAUCACUUCUAGCGGGGGUGAGGUGGGUCGUCUAAAUACGGGUGGAGGUGCAGAGGUUGGUCCUUUGAGAUGUUGGCCUGGUGGCUUGUGUCUCUCACGGUCCAUUGGUGAUAUGGAUGUUGGUGAAUUUAUUGUCCCUGUACCAUAUGUAAAGCAAGUGAAGCUUUCUACUGCUGGAGGUAGGGUUGUUAUCAGCAGUGACGGUGUCUGGGAUGCUCUAACUGCAGAAAUGGCCUUAAAUUGCUGUCGUGGCAUGUCAGCGGAGGCUGCAGCACCACAUAUUGUGAAAGAAGCUUUGCAAGCAAAGGGACUUAGAGAUGACACGACCUGCAUUGUUAUUGAUAUAUUACCUCAGGAGAAGCCACCUACUUCUAUGCCAACACAAAAGAAACCAGUAAAAAAAAUGCUCAAGUCAUUUUUUCGCAAAAAGUCCUCUGAAUCAUCUUAUAUUGACAAGGAAUACAUGGAGCCAGAUGUGGUACAAGAACUAUAUGAGGAAGGGUCAGCUAUGCUUUCAGAGAGGUUAGAAACAAAAUAUCCACUCUGCAACAUGUUCAAGUUGUUUAUCUGUGCAGUGUGUCAAGUAGAGAUUAAACCAGGGGAGGGUAUUUCAAUACACGAGGGCGCACCUAACCCAGGAAGAUUGCGCCCCUGGGAUGGACCUUUCCUUUGCUUAAGUUGCCAAGAAAAGAAAGAAGCCAUGGAAGGGAAACGAACAUCAGAUAGACUUAGCAGCGGAAGUGACUAAUGAAUUAUCAUGUACAUUAGCAUUUUGAGAGUGAUAAAGAUUGUUCAUAUAAAGGGAAGGUCAAACUUCCAAUCAACAUUUGACUCCCUUCAAUUACGACGGAGGCUUCUUUAUCAGAAUAUGGAUCUAUUUUGGAAAUCCACAUGAAAAUCGUGUUUUUCAAUGCAUGAGAGUCAGGACACUAACAAACAAUAGCAGCU